AUGACGGUUUUGAAGCUUUUUGGAAUCAUCUUUUUCUGUGGCCUGCUCUCACCCUCUCAGGAAGUCUUGUCUGGGCUGUCCUGUGCUGUCAGCCCACAGGCAAUGCAGAACGUUCUCUCAGAUGCCAUAAUUCAUAAUGGGCUCAUCCACCAGCACCUGCAGGGUCUCGUGGUUCCCAACAUCAUGGGUGAAGGGGGUCAGCUGAACUCUCCCACCAGCAUCACGGACCUGCACCUGAUCAAGGCCUGGGUGCCCAGGCUGUCGGUGGUGCUGCUGCCAGGGAUCGGGCUCCAGCUGACCAUCGGGGCAAAGCUGCAGCUCAGAGGCAACUGCUUGGUUGGCCUGCUCUCAGAGCUCAUUGAUAUCUUAGUGGAGGUGAACAUUACUGCAAACAUUAAAUGCACGAAUUUUGAAUCUGGCACGUUCCAGGUUGUCACUGAAGACUGCCUCUGCGUUCUUGGGGCCAUAAAGAUCAAGGUCCUUUCUGGCUUGCUCACCCUGUCAGUGAACGAGCUGGUGCUCCGCCAGCUGACAGCGACUCUGCCCGCUUUGCUCUGUCCCGUGGUCGAUAUCGUGAUGAACCUGGUGAACAUCCAUCUGCUGAGCACUCUCAAUGCGGUGAUCCCGGUGGGCACAGCAGGAACAAUCCACUACCAGCUGGCCAGCAUCCCCUACACCUCUGGCAAGUUCCUUGGGCUGGAUUUAGAUGGCGUGGUGAAGCAGGUGGGAGGCAGCACCAUCCCGCACGACUCGUCCCCCUCUGCUUUGCCUCCUCUGAUGGACCGGCUCCUGCUCCUGGUGAUGCGCCAGAGCUUCCUCAAUGCAGUCCUGUCCCUGCUGCUCCAGCUGCCCCCACAGACCUUCCCCUGCACGCCAGAAGUUUUCUCGGGUGCCAGCCGCCUGCGCGAGGCCGUGCGGACCAUCGCUCCUGCUGGGUGCUCCGCCUGCAGUGGGACCAGUCCUCUGAGCAUCAAGCUGGUGUUGAGAGGGAACCCGCUCAUCCUCUUGGAAGAAAACAAAGCCAGUGUCAAGCUUUCAGUCCUGAUUCAGCUGUUCAGUAACCACUUAGAUGGAUCCAUCCUCAACUUCCUGCUGCUGAAGGCUGACCUUGCUCUGAACGUCCGUGUGUCGAUUGUUGGGGGCAGGCUGGUGCUGCAGCUGGCCUUGGGUGCCCUGAGCAUGGGGAUCCCGCUGCCCAAGGUGCUGCGCAUUCCCUUAGUGAAUGUGGAAUUUCAGAUCAAAGCGGGUCUGAUCAUGUUUCUGGUGUGA